GGCCCAAUCAGCGGUUCAGUGUUGCCUGCCGGUGCCGGGGACUGGUGGUUAGAAUCCGCUGCAGCGCGUCAGGAGGACCGGACCGUGAACCCGGAGACGGUACACACUCGGGCGAAAGGAGACACAGGAUGGAGCGGAUGUCUGAUGAUGCGCUGAGGCUAAAUCUGCUAAAGCGAGGUUUAGAGUCACCCAGUGAGCGGGAGGAGGCCCUGUCCAAGCGUCUGAAAAUGGAAGGUCACGAGGCCAUGGAGCGUCUUAAGAUGUUGGCGCUACUGAAACGCAAAGACUUGGCUGACCUGGCAGCCCUUGAGGUUCCAGGGACGCUCGGAGAUGGGAAAGGCCCCGGAGCCAGCGCCAUCCACCACCAGAGCCUAAUGGGCGCUGCCUAUGAGGAGAAGCUAAACGGGAGUCUAAGGCUUGGAGGCCACAGUGGUCACGUUGGACAAAGUAAAAAUGGAAAAGAGAACAUCAUAGAUGAACCUGUGGAUAUGAGUGCUGGCAGAAGAUGUGAGGCUGACCGUGCCAGACAAACUCCAUCUCCAGAUGUCAUCAUCCUGUCAGACAACGAAGCAUCCAGCCCUAGGACGACGCCUCGACCUGACGAGCGCAUGCAACAGGCCAACCUAGAUAUGUUCAAGGGUAAGACGGAAGAAGAGAGGCAGCAGAUGAUCAAAGCUUUGAGAGAAGAGCUGCGUCUGGAGGAGGCUCGCCUGGUGCUGCUCAAGAAGCUCAGGCAGAGUCAGAUGCAGAAGGAGAACGUGGUGCAGAAGGUUCCUGUGGUCCAGAGCUCUGCGUCCUCCGUUCAGCCUCCUCCCAGCCACAGCUCCUCGGGCCUGGGGAAGCUGCCUGUGAGGCCGGGCUUACACAACCCCGAGCCUCAGAACCUCCGCACCGCACAGGCUGUGUGUAGAACUGUAAUGGUGCUUUCUGACUGUGAUGAACUGAGGAUGUGCGUCUCCUUGCAGGCCAGCCAGCAGGUGGCGGCCUCUCAGCGCUCCGGCUCCAGUGCCAUGUACAUGAACCUGGCCCACAUGCAGGCGGCGGCGGCAGUGGGGGCCGGCGGCGUGGCGGGCGGCCUCAGCGGCGCCUCGUCCGUCAGCCCGUCCACCCUGUCCGGCUCGGCCAGCGGGGCCGUGAGCUCCAUGGCCGACCAGGCCAGCAGCCAGGCGGCCGCCAAGCUGGCCCUACGGAAGCAGCUGGAGAAAACCCUGCUGGAGAUCCCUCCGCCCAAACCCCCGGCUCCGCUCCUUCACUUCCUGCCCUCCGCUGCUAACAGCGAGUUCAUCUACAUGGUGGGCCUGGAGGAGGUGGUGCAGAGUGUGCUGGACAGUCAGGGUAAACUCAGAGGGACUCUGGCCCGCAUGGAGCCCUUCUUCUGUGCCCAGUGCCAAACCGACUUCACUCCCCACUGGAAACAAGAGAAGAGUGGGCGGAUCCUCUGCGAGCAGUGCAUGACGUCCAAUCAGAAGAAGGCUCUGAAGGCAGAGCACACCAACAGGCUGAAGAACGCCUUUGUGAAGGCUCUGCAGCAGGAGCAGGAGAUUGAACAGAGGUUGCAGCAGCAGGCGGCGCUCUCUCCCAGCUCCGCUCCCACUGGCCCCAACGUCUCCAAGACCGACACCAUGAUCCGACAGCACGCCCUCCGCCAGACCCCCCAACCUCAAGCUUCUCUGCAGCGAAGUCUGUCCAACUCAGCCAGAGGGGUCCUGUCCAACUUCGCUCAGGCCUCGCAGCUGUCUGUGGCCAGCAGCCUGAUGGGAAUGAGCAGUGCCAAGCACUGUGGCAGCAGCGGAGGCAGCAGUAGCAGCAACCGGCUGCAGCACGACAGCCGCCGUCAAAUCUACAACAUCCCAGGGUUAAAUAUUGCUUACCUGAAUCCUGCAGCAGUCGGAGCCCAUAAGACCUCCAGCUUAGCGGACCGGCAGAGAGAGUACCUGUUGGACAUGAUCCCGCCUCGAUCCAUAUCGCAGUCCAUCACCGGACAGAAAUGAGCCCUGCUGAUCCUUCCUGCGUGUCGGAGGCCAGCUCUGUUUGCCCUCUAACCCAGUUCUGAAGCGCUCCCAAAUCAGACGAUAUUUCAUCCCACCGUUCAUCGCAUGCAGUGCCUGUCCGUGUGCCUACCUGAAACCAACCCACCAGACCCUACCAAGCUGGACAAGGACACAGACUGUCAGUGCAUCUCAGUUCUUCUUAUUCUAGUCCAAAUUCUCUUCUAUAAUUCCUUUUAUAAUCACGGGUGGUAGCACUAAUAUACCUGCAACUACCAUUUAAGUUCUAAUUAGUAUUAUUCUUUAUGCUUUUCUUUUCUUUUCUAAGUGUUUAUAAUAUUUCUAUUUCUCCACUGUCCGUUCUAAAUCUCGAGUAGAGACAUGAAAUCAUAGGGUUGCUGAGACGAUUUGCAAAUUUUUCUCUACUCGAUUCCAAAGCUUAGUUAGGACAACAACAAAAAAGAUCAACAGGGUGCACUCUGGUUGCUAUGCAACAUAAAAACUAACAACUAUGAACUUUGUAAAAGUGCUAAGACAUGGAUUUGACAAAGUAAAACGUACCGAACAAAAGUGGACUGAGUUUGCUCUUGAAAAGAGCACCAAGCGGUGGGAGGGAGCGCAGCGCUCUCACCGGUGCACAUCCGAAACUCAACGCGUUCAGUCUGACAUUCAGGGAAACAGCCUGAAACCCUGCGUCGGUACGCGGCCUCCCAUCAGGACUCGUUAACUGGAACUAACUGGAAGAAGACGUGUACAGAAGAGAAUCGCAUGAAACCCGAGCUUUUGGAAAACUUUCCCGCUGUCCUCGGAGACGUUUUUUUGACGUUUCAGAGAGCUGUCUGCCGUGUCGCAGAUGUGUCGCCUGACGGGUGUGAGACGCCCGUCAUCAGACUGUCCGGAGAUCUGCGUGGUGUUCAGGUGGAGGACGGCUCCGCUCAUCCCAUCCUCCAUUCUUCAGUAUGCACUCAGCAAAGCUCUAUCCCAGCAGUCCCUCCUGACAUCAGCUGUUACUGCAGAUUGUACAGAACAUCAAAGUCCAGAUUCUGUACCUAAAAACCUGAAAAUCUGGACUCUCGUUUCUGCUCGUCUUUUGGAUUUUAGGUUGUUAGGUUGUCUUUUCUUCUCGUUUUGUUUUAUUAUUUUUAUUUUAUUAUUACGAACGACGUCUCCUAAUGAAUUGGCGGCACACCUGAGAGGUGUUAGCCCCUCCGGAGACGAUAAUAAUCAACCUGAAACAGAAACUAUUAAAUAUCUUUAUGGAUUGUGUAUAGAUACCUAGCUUCAGAGAGUAAUUUGGAUCUUUUACGGGAGAGACAUGGAUCAAUCAUUGUGUGCACGAUCUGCACACAAGUCGCCUCACUCCAGAGGAGCACUUUUCAUAUUUCCGAUUGGAAAUUUUUGUUUUGUGUUUGUUUUUGGUAAAAAGGAAACAAAUGUUGGAAUAGAAAGUUACUAAGGUCUGGAUGUUGGUCAAGCAGCGAGUCCUCUGAAAUCUCCUCACUAUUGUGUAAAAAGCAUCAGUGUGGGUUUUUUUAAUGGUCAAUGAGCGGUUUCAUACGACUUUCUCAUUGUUGACCUUUGUAAUUGUUUGGACCCAGCGUGCCCAGUGUGGCGAGGUGAAUCCAGCUGGUAUGUACAGUGGACGCUGCUGGAGAACGGCUCACAUUACCUCAUCAAGGUGGAGGUGCAGCACGAAUAUUUCACGCUGUACUUUCUUCUUCGUUGGUAGACAAUCUCCAUACUUCUCUGGCACAUGGGGGCGCUAAGUGAGCAGGACACUCAAAUAAUGCAACACAAACCAGCACAUCUGCAGAGAGUUUAUCCAUGGUUUUGUUUUGGGGUUUUUUCCACGCGCCGGUUUGCUCACAAAGUGAAAGCAAACUUUUAGCUGAUUUUUAGUUUGAAGAAUCGGACGAGGAGCAGAAAUCUGUCCUGGUAGUCGAGGCUUCUGCUUGGUUUCUGCGUCCGCCUGCACAAAAACCAACGGAGCCCAAUUGAUGCAAGGUCCCAGAGGUUUACGCCCCAAAGCACUUCUGUCUUCUAGCCUUUUGUAGACCAACCCGAAAGGUGGCGAUGGCGUUCUGACAAACUCAACUCUCUAAUAAAACAAAGACGUUGAGUUAAUUUUUGUUAGUUUUUUUUAGUUCCUGAAACGAUGAAGUCCAAAUGUAAGAAAUGAUGAAUCUCGUUAAAACAUGCAGCCAUGUUUUCCUCUACUUGUUUUGUUCUUUUCACGUUUAGUGCAUCUUUGGCACCAACCCUUCAAGUGUAGGCUAAUCAGGGCGCCUUUUUUUUUUUGACUUGGUUGCACCGCUCUACUUUGUCACACUUUGUGUCUGUAGGCUGGUCAGCUGACCCGGUGAAGACGUUUUGAGAGGAAAGCCAGUCCUGACCGUUUGUUACAAACUGUAAUCGACAGCAUUGAUUUCUCAGUUCGCAGCAGCUCAGGUAUUUCAAGCAGUGUUCAGUCAACGUGCAGUAUUAUUUAUGGAUCAUGGUUCCUCCGUACGGGAGGAUGCUGAGGCGAUGAGUUCACUCUGAGUGGGAGGUUACACAGUCUCAGUCCUACGUCAUCUGUUACUGCAUUAUUUGGGGAAUCUUUGGUCUCGGUUGGAUACAAGCAGAUUAAUAGUUUUAAAGCGGAUGAUGCUUAUUAAAACACUCGUCCCUGUGGGCUGCACCCAAGCUGAUGUGAUCCUUUAUGUGGGCGAGUGGACCACCAGCACUGGAGGAUUCCUUCACUUUUUGGGCCAAAACUGUUCGUUUUUGUUUCUGUACGGUUUAUAUCUGAACGAAUCCGCCCCUUUUUAAUGUCUGUCCUUGAAUCAACGCUUCAUUGACUGCACAACGCUGUAGGAUCACUAGAAAGAAGAGCAAACAGGGAGUUAUCUAAUUUUGUUGUUUGAGUUUUGAGAUUAAAGUCAAAAUGUUGAGAAUAAAGUCAACAUUGUAAAACGA